AACAACGGAAGAAAAAAUCAACUAUUUAUUAAAAUCAACAUCUUAAUAUUUAUUUUCCUCCAAUUACAAGAUUACUUUUUUCGGGGUGCACAACAAUAUUUGAGGCGAAGGCGAUGAUUGGAAAAAUCCAUCUGUGUAACAAUUUUAAAGAUUUUCCAUCAAAAGAAUAAAAGUGUUGUUGAAUACAAAUUUAGUACAAUCAAUAAUGUCUGAGAAAGGAAUUUUUCAUUUUCUGGUUUAUGAGGUAAAUACGUCGAUCUAAACUCUGAAUGACCAGUUCACAGGAAAAGUUUGUAAACAUAGAAGUUACGUCUAGUGAAAUAAAUAUAUAGUUAUCGUCCAUAGUAAAAUUGCUCAUUUCGUUCUUAAGUUCUAAACUAUAUUGUUAACGUGUGCACGAGGUGAAGUAAUCCAAUCUUUUAAGGAAUUAUUAUUAUUUUAGGAAAUGAUCUACUUAUCUUGAUUUAUGAAUGACCAACGUGUGGAUAAUAAACCGCAAUCACAAUCUAAUGUAGAACAUUUUCAUCAAUCGGAAAUGAGAUUCAUGAAUAAUUCGAUGCACACAAUGUCGAUGCUAUUUCAUGGUGGUUAUUGCGAGACGGUUUUAUUUAAUUUUUGGCAAAUUUCGACUAUCGAUGGUCUUAUAAUAUCCAUGGUAGGAGUUAUUGUAAUGGCAGCUUUCUACGAGGGUCUUAAAUAUUAUAGAGAGUACAUAUUUAUGAGAACUUGCAAUGGACCCAAUUGCAGAGGAAUGUCUCGGGGGAACACUAUGAUAUCUGAUAAUAGUCAAAUCGUAAGAUUAACAAUGUUUUCCUGGAUGCACAUGUACCAUACAUCUCUGCAUAUCAUACAAAUUUCCCUCUCUUAUUUAUUAAUGCUGAUUUUUAUGACCUACAACAUUUGGCUCUGUCUUGCUGUAAUUUUUGGAAUAUCCAUUGGUUUCUUUCUAUUCGGAUGGAAAAAGUCUGUUAUAGUCGAUAUAACCGAACACUGUCACUGA